CUUCGAUCGCUGACCCGGCUGCAGUGCCCAUCAUGCGAGAGCAUCAUCUCUCGGUCACGUCGCUGGAGGAGUACGAGCCGAACCCCGAGUUCGUCGGCCGCAACUUCAACGCCGGCGAGGUCAUCCAGCUGGUUCUCAAGGCCCGCUCGGGCCAUUGGCUGCCAUUCAACUAUGUGCAGAUGGUCAUGAUGCAUGAGCUGGCACAUUGCAAACAAAUGAACCACUCGCGAGCCUUUUGGGCCGUGAGAAACCAGUAUGCAGAGCAGAUGAGGGGCCUGUGGUCCCGUGGCUUUACCGGCGAGGGCCUCUGGGGAAGGGGGGCGCUUCUCUCUACCGGAGAGUUCGAGAAGAACGUGGUCGAGCCCGGCGAACCGCUCCCGGAGCAUCUAUGCGGCGGGACGUACCGGUCACGGGGCAGGAAACGCAAGGCCAAAAAGUCGCUCACGUACAAGGAGCAGAAGGAACGCCGGAUCCUGAACAAGUUUGGGGCAAAUGGCGUCACGCUGGGCGAGGACCCCCAGAUGAAGCAAAGGCUGGAAGGCAAGAAGGUAGCGUCCAAACCACGAGUGGCAGGAAGCGCCAGGGGGAGGGAGCUCAGGGCUGCGGCCGCGCUGGCUCGUUUUGAGCAACAGAAAAAGGAGGAGGAGAAGGAGGAGAAAGAGGAGGUUGAGACAGGGUCCGAGACCGAGAGCGGUGACGAUUACGAAGACGAGGAUAUCUCCGGGCCCGACGCUGUCGAUAUCGACGGAAAGAAGCUCCUCGACGCAAAGGGCCGUGGGUUGGUCAGGGUUUGCGAGGACGAGAACCCUGAUGACCGGGAUGCUCAGGAUGAGCUGCGGGAGCUGCAGAGCUAUGGGAUGAGGAAACAGACAUCUAAACCGGCGUCAAAACCACCAAACCCGCCAUCCGCGCAUCAAAAGAAUCCCUGGACGACGAGGGCAUCAAACAACAAGAUAGAAGCACCCGCCGAGACCGAUUCUUCGAAGCCACAGCCGGAACCACGCAAUGGAGCUGAGCCCGCCCAGGCUUCGAUCGCCUGCUCGGUGUGUACGUUUAUCAACGAGCCGGGCUCGACCAUCUGCGCCAUGUGCGCCAACACACUGAGACCGGAGGGCAUGUUGGACUCCUGGGCAUGUCACAGCAAAACGUGCAAAGGGUCGAAGUACCGGAACGCCGGGGACUGCGGCGUCUGCGGCGUCUGUGGGGAGCGGAGGCAACCGUCCGGGCUGCCGUGAGCUAUCAAAUGCCACUCACUCAUCAUCAAUCCGAGGCUGGCCCCACUUUUUUUUUUUUUUUUCGGGC